UCUCAUCAUAUCAUCACUGCCGUUUUCAAUUCGCUUCUCGGAGAUGUGGAUGCCAUUGUUCUUGGUCGUCUUCUUUGAAGCAAGGAAAGUUUUGAAGUUGGAUGAUCUGGGUAGGGAGAUACUGCGGGUGGCAAUCCCGGCGGCUUUAGCACUCGCCGCCGAUCCGGUGGCUUCCUUGAUCGACACGGCUUUUAUCGGCCAUUUGGGGGCGGUGGAAAUUGCGGCGGUGGGGGUGGUGGCUUCGAUUAUAAACCAGGCGAACAAAGUGACGAUAUUUCCUCUGGUGAACAUAACUACUUCGUUUGUUGCAGAGGAGACGACGGUUAAGGAGGUGGUUAAUAAUGAAGAAGAAGAAGAAGAAGGGGGUGCUGCCCAGAUUGAGAGUGAAGAAGAAGAAGAAGGGUCAGAAGAGACAGGAGAAUCUGAGGAUGAAAGCAUAGGGAGUGGUUAUAUGGCAAGCAGUGAAUCAAAUGGUUCUCCUUCCAUCGAUGAAAUAACUCAGAUUUCACUGCAAACUUAUCUUGAGGAAAAUGUGUCACCUAAUGUGAUCAAUGAAGGAGAGGAGAGGGAAGUUAGACGUAGUGGGAGGCUGAAAGUUCCUUCUGCAUCCACAGCUCUAAUUAUGGGGCUCAUUCUUGGCAUCCUCCAAACAGUGUUCCUCACACUUCUUGCCAGGCCACUUCUGGGCUUGAUGGGGGUCAAAUCUGGAUCUGCGAUGUUAGAGCCAGCACUGAAGUACCUGAUUCUGAGAUCAAUUGGCUCCCCUGCAGUUCUUCUGUCACUGGCAAUCCAAGGGAUCUUUCGCGGUCUCAAGGAUACCACAACCCCUUUGUAUGCCACAGCUGUGUGUGAUUCAGUAAAUGUAGUACUGGAUUCUGUGUUUAUAUUGGCUUGCCAUUGGGGUGUCACUGGAGCUGCCAUUGCUCAUGUUAUCUCUCAGUAUGUUAUGUUACUGAUCUUGUUCUGCAAGUUGAUUACACACGUCGAGUUGUUGCCCCCGAGUUCGAGACAUUUACAGCUGAGUAAAUUUCUCAAGAAUGGGUUAUGGUUGUUUGCUAGGGUGAUCGCCGCCACAUUCUGUGUCACCCUGGCUUCUUCCUUUGCUGCUAGGCUUGGUGCCACAAUCAUGGCAGCUUUCCAAGUCUGUUUACAAGUCUGGUUGACAACAUCUCUCCUUGCUGAUGGCUUGGCCAUUGCAGCACAGGCAAUUCUUGCUGGUGCAUUUGCCCAGAAAGAUUAUCACAAAGCUAGAGCCACUGCAGCAAGAGUUCUUCAGAUGGGAGUGAUAUUGGGACAUGCCCUUGUUGUGUUGGUGGGAGUGGGGCUAUACUUGGGACGAGGAGCAUUCUCAGAAGACAAAAAUGUUCUUCUCAUGAUAACCAUAGGCGUCCCGUUUGUUGCAGGCACACAACCCAUCAACACGAUAGCGUUCGUUCUUGAUGGUGUCAAUUUCGGGGCAUCGGAUUUUCUCUACUCUGCAUAUUCUAUGGUGCUGGUGGCCUCCAUCACCAUUGGAUCUGAGUUUCUGCUCCUCAAAUCCAAUGGCUUCGUUGGAAUAUGGAUUGCUUUAGCCAUAUUCAUGCUCCUGCGUACCAUUGCAGGCUUUUGGAGGUUGGCGACUGGAACAGGACCUUGGCGUUUCCUCAGGGCCCUGGAUACUUAGCAUAUAUAGUGUGCUUCUACUCCCCUUUCCCCUUUUGUAGAC